ACCAUGGUGCUUCUCUCCGGCAAUGCCUCUGACAGCUCCAACUGCACCCACCCGCCGACGCCGGUGAACAUUUCCAAGGCCAUUCUGCUUGGGGUGAUCUUGGGGGGACUCAUCAUUUUCGGAGUGCUGGGCAACAUCUUAGUGAUCCUGUCCGUGGUCUGUCACCGGCAUCUGCACUCGGUCACUCACUACUACAUCGUCAACCUGGCCGUGGCCGACCUUAUGCUCACCUCCACCGUGCUGCCCUUCUCGGCUAUCUUCGAGAUCCUGGGCUACUGGGCCUUUGGCAGGGUUUUCUGCAAUAUCUGGGCGGCGGUGGACGUCCUCUGCUGCACAGCGUCCAUCAUGGGUCUCUGCAUCAUCUCCAUCGACCGCUACAUUGGCGUGAGCUACCCGCUGCGCUACCCCACCAUCGUCACCCAGAAGAGGGGCCUCAUGGCGCUGCUGUGCGUCUGGGCAUUCUCCUUGGUCAUCUCCAUCGGGCCUCUGUUUGGCUGGAGGCAGCCGGCCCCCGAGGAUGAGACCAUCUGCCAGAUCAACGAGGAGCCCGGCUACGUGCUUUUUUCGGCCCUGGGCUCCUUCUACGUGCCCCUGGCCAUCAUCCUGGUCAUGUACUGCCGGGUCUACGUGGUGGCCAAGAGGGAGAGCCGGGGCCUCAAGUACGGCCUCAAGACCGACAAGUCGGAUUCCGAGCAAGUGACGCUCCGUAUCCAUCGGAAAAAUGUCCCGGCUGUAGGCAGCGGGGUGCCCAGCUCCAAGAACAAGACCCACUUCUCAGUGAGGCUCCUCAAGUUUUCCCGGGAGAAGAAAGCAGCCAAAACUCUGGGCAUCGUGGUGGGCUGCUUCGUCCUCUGCUGGCUGCCUUUUUUCUUAGUGAUGCCCAUUGGCUCUUUCUUCCCUGAUUCCAAACCUCCAGAAACAGUUUUUAAAAUAGCUUUUUGGCUUGGAUACCUGAACAGCUGCAUCAACCCCAUCAUCUACCCAUGCUCCAGUCAAGAGUUUAAAAAGGCCUUCCAGAAUGUCCUGCGAAUCCAGUGUCUCCGCAGGAAGCCAUCUUCCAAGCACAGCCUGGGCUACACCCUGCACCCGCCCAGCCACGCGCUGGAAGCUCAGCACAGAGACCUGGUGCGCAUCCCCGUGGGGUCCGGAGAGACCUUCUAUAAGAUCUCCAAGACGGAAGGCGUCUGCGAAUGGAAAUUUUUCUCUUCUAUGCCUCGUGGAUCUGCCAGGAUUACAGUGCCCAAAGACCAGUCAGCCUGCAGCACCGCCCGGGUGAGAAGUAAAAGCUUUUUGCAGAUGUGCUGCUGCAUGGGGCCCUCGACCCCUCGCCUGGAAGAGACCCAUCAAGUCCCAACCAUUAAGAUCCACACCAUCUCCCUCAGUGAAAAUGGGGAGGAAGUCUAGAGGACAGGAAAG